AUGUCAGUCGAAGAAAUCGAAAGACGGUGGUCAUCUUUAAGGGUCAUGUUUAGCAGAGAGAAUAGGCGACAAAUGUUACCACCGUCUGGUUCUGGAUAUGAAUCGAGGAAGGAAUGGGAGUUAUAUAGAAAUAUGUUGUUUCUAGUUCCUCAUAUAGCUCAUAGAAAAACAAAGACAUUAUUUGUUCAACAAUCACAAAGUUUAUUACCCCAAACAAGUACAACAGAUACUUCCUCACCGUUUACAUCUAAGCAAUCUUCCAAUGUGAUAACUUUGUUACCAGAUCAUAGUUACAGUGGAUCUUUUCAAUCAAUAAAAGAGAACACAUUAUCAUUAGAUUUGGAAGACCAAGAGAGCAACAUAACAAUUACAGAUUGUGAAAUCCCAAAUAGACCUGCUAGUACACUUUCUAGCUGCAGUUAUACUAGCAGUGUGCAAUCUUUAGAACCAAAUACAAGUUUUAAUCCUACACAGUUGAAAGAUUCAUCUGUAUUUAAGUCUACCAAAAAAGUAAUGCCAGAAAUGGAUGAAUUUGCAAAACUUUAA